AUGCCUCGCGAAGUCUCCGAUAUCAAGCAGUUCAUUGAGAUCUCCCGCCGGAAGGAUGCUUCCUCCGCCCGGAUCAAGCGCAACCGCAAGUCCCAGCAGGUCAAGUUCAAGGUCCGCUGCCAGCGCUUCGUCUACUCCCUUGUCCUGAAGGACUCCGACAAGGCCGAUAAGCUCAAGCAGAGCUUGCCUCCUUCCCUGAAGGUUGUCGACGUCUCCAAGGGCGAGAAGAAGAACCUGUAA